AUGGUUCUGACCGUAUCUUUCGCAUUGGCAAUUGCAUCUUUAACGAUUGAAAGUGUGAGAAUAUCCAAAUAUCCUUAUCCUUUGGAGAGGAAAAUGCAGGCUUUUAUGAUUAGUAUUGCAGCCUCCACGGUUCUAGUUAAACUGAUUGUAUACAAAAAGAAUGAUGUGCCAAAGAUGUUUGAAGAAAUUCUAAUUAUAGAAAAGGACAUGGCAUUAAAUAAGAACAAGGAAAUGCAGAGAAUAUAUGUAGAAAAUUUAAAUACGGCAAUCAAGUAUGUUAUUCUAUACGAAUUUCUUAUAAAUUCAGUUAAUGUAGCAUCUAUAGCUUUUCAACUAAUAACGGUCUCAGAUUACACCAAGUUGAUAUUUGCAGUUAUUUUCUUUUGCUUACAAGUUAAUCAAAUUUUUAUUAUUGCCAUUACUGCGAACGAGAUACAAGUACAAAGUGUCGCAGUAGCUACUAACGCUUAUAAUAGUAACUGGUACGAAGAAUAUAAUAAGGAAAUACGUCAGAUGAUGUCGAUGAUUAUUUUGAGAGCGCAAAAACCAGCAGAACUUACUAUAGGACCAUUUACGCCAAUGACAACCGAUACGGCUAUUACGGUCAUGAAAGCUGCAUAUUCCUAUGUCACUUUAAUGGUAGAUUCUCUAGGAAAAAAAUAAUAUAAAUGUGAUUUCAACUAAUAUGAUCACUUGCACUGAAUAAAAAUAACUAAAAUGGUUUGGCCUGCGGAUUGGGCCUGUGGUCUUGGUCUACACAUAAAAACUAUGUGUAUGUGUGACUGACCAAGUCUGUAGUAUGCCAAAUGCACAGACUUGCUCUGUCAGAUUAUAUUUGUCUAUAAAAAAUGAAAGACUUACUUACUUACUGCCAUUACUCGCUGACGAGUAUUUGACACGCAUCAGAAGAUGGCGAGGGGUG